GCUCGCAUAAAAGGAUCGCACAUGCUCAAUGAGAAAAAUGGGGAAAGCUACCUAAUGCUCCACUGCUGCUGUCGACUGGGGGUUCAUCAUGAGUACGCAAUUUGGCAGAGGCACGGCAGAAGCAGAGCCGGGCCAUUAGAAAACCAAUUUCCUGGCCAUCCAGGCUCCAGAGUGUAUUGCUAUGACUGCAGAGACCGCGCGAACGGCACCCAGAAUGCGAGAGAACCUUUGAGUUGUUUGAGACUCAUGAACUUCUGCUCCUCUCCUUCUUUCCACUCCCAAUCCAAUCCCGGCAGGCAUCUUGUCAGAGCCUGUCGUGUGAGCUCUGUCCCUUACCCCGCCCGCCUCCCCCCUCUCGCUCUUCCCCCGUCACAAGGCCAGCAGCACGACAGCUAUGGCUCGAGGUCAAAGGUGGGGCAGACAAGCUCCCCAGAUCAUCGCACGCACAGAGCUACCUCCUCGCAGUGCAUACGAGGCUCCAGUACUACGCCAUGUACAGCGCCAUAGACCUUCGUGAUUCUUGCGCAUUUUUCGUCUUCGUUCACGUCAACGACAGUAACACCUCGUUACUCGUCACUCGUCACUCGGCCACCAUCGUCGUCUGUGGGGCGCCUACUUGCGCGAAAGUGGCACAUUAAUUGCGUGGCCCCUGCCCCUGUCCUAGACUCUAAUUCGGCAUCGGAUGAGCUGCGAGCGAGGGACUAAUGUGGCGACGCAUUCAUCCGAGGGCGAAUUGUGGAGCUAUGAUAGGUGUGAACCAGUAGUCCACCUCACAAGCCCAACUAUAUAGAUCUAACUCUCUAGAUACUACUGGAGCAUAUCAAGAAUCAUUUCGGUGAAUGAUCAUCCAAAAUGCUGCGGCCACUGCUCUGUGUAAUACGUAGGAUGCGCCUCCGUUGAAAAAGUAUGAUAUAGUAUGUUGUUCUCUCGCGACUUUGUUAAAGCCUGAUGUUACUUGUAAGCAUAGAGUAACAAGGAUGUCACUUCUCAACAUGUACUACUACCUCAAGACCUUGGAUAGCGCC